CGGAAGAGUGUUCCAUGUGAUAUUUUCUACGUCAUUAGGAAUCCCUCGCCUUAGUUCCUAACGUCGUUGUCUGAAUGAAUGUAAAACAAUCCUAAUUUACAAGACAGACAUAUACAGAUUUAUCCAAAUGUAGUAGCAUGGCUGGUGUUUUUGAUCUAGAGCUUCAUGAUACCCCUGAAGGGGAGGAGGAUAUUUCAGACGACGAUUAUUUUGAGCCUGAUGAACCAGGAAACAGUUUUGGUCGAGGAGAGCUUGAAGAUGGAAUGGAAAUGGUUGAAUUAACGGAGAACAAUGUUAACCCGGGACAGAAUAAAACUGGACCAUCAGAUUUUGAACUGCUUAAAGUUCUUGGGAAAGGGGGUUAUGGAAAAGUCUUUCAAGUGAGAAAAAUAUCAGGGUCUGAUAAUGGAAAAAUAUUUGCCAUGAAAGUGUUAAAAAAGGCCUCAAUAGCAAGAAAUGCUAAGGAUCAGGCACAUACGAAGGCAGAAAGAAAUAUUCUGGAAUGUGUUAAGCAUCCUUUUAUAGUUGAUUUAAUGUAUGCAUUUCAAACUGGUGGAAAAUUGUACCUGAUAUUAGAAUAUCUCCCUGGUGGAGAGCUGUUCAUGCAGUUAGAAAGGGAAGGUAUAUUCAUGGAGGACACAGCUUGUUUCUACCUGGCAGAAAUAUUAAUAGCUAUAGAACACUUGCAUUCUCAGGGUAUUAUAUAUAGAGAUCUGAAACCAGAAAACAUUCUUUUAGACGCACAUGGUCAUGUAAAAUUAACAGAUUUUGGUUUAUGUAAAGAAUCUAUAAAUGAUGGAAAUGUAACUCAUACAUUCUGUGGGACCAUAGAAUACAUGGCACCUGAAAUCUUAACACGGAGUGGUCAUGGUAAAGCUGUUGAUUGGUGGAGUUUAGGAGCUUUAAUGUACGACAUGUUAACUGGUGCUCCUCCAUUCACAGCAGAAAAUAGGAAGAAAACAAUUGACAAGAUUUUAAAAGCCAAACUGAGUUUACCUCCAUACCUUACGAAUGAAGCCAGAAAUCUAAUUAAAAAGUUACUAAAGAAGAAUAUAACUGAGAGAUUAGGGGGAGGUCCUGAGGACGCCAAGCCUAUAAGAGUCCAUCCAUUUUUCAGACAUAUAGAUUGGACAGUGUUAGUCAAUAGAAAAGUAGAACCUCCAUUUAAACCCUCAGUUACAAGUGAGUUAGAUGUCAGCCAGUUUGAUACAAAGUUUACCAAGCAGACGCCUGUAGAUUCACCUGACGACACCAUCCUUAGUGAAAGUGCAAAUCAAGUAUUCGUUGGAUUUACUUAUGUGGCACCAUCAGUAUUAGAAGAGCUAAAUAAGCCGUGGAUAUCUGAGAAAGAACCAAGAUCCCCCAGAAAGGUCGGGAACAGCUUUACUAGAGGUGAUAUGAGUCCUGAACAGAAUGCGUUGGUGGAAGGAUUCCGUGUAGCUGGUCAACCUAAUGGCUCUGAAGGAGCUGAAGCAAUGGAUACUACAAUCACUAUACCUAAACGAUCCACAUCACCGGCUAUAGCAACCAAAAAUACAGCUUUCAAGUCUGUUGCAUUCCCAGGAACGUCAAAUAGGCCGCCUCAUCUACGUAUGAAUUGACAUAGGGGCAAAUUAGGACAAUUUUUCAAAUUUUUAAAUAAAAAAUGAUUUUAUUGAUGUAAAUGACUGAUGUUUCAAUUUGUAAUUUAUUUCAAAUGUACAUAUUUAAGAAUCAAUUGUCUAUUUUAAGUUAUUAUUUGCAAAUAUUAGAGUAAUUCUGGAUUUCAAAUGAAUCAUUUUUUGACACAGCAGUAAUUGGGCCAUGAAAAUUUCUGGUGGUGUAUAUAUAUAAAUGUUUACAUUGAGACCUUGAAUUCCAGUGAGGAAAUUUGCUUUAAUGGGAGUAUUAAACAGUCAAGGGAGGUCAAUCUUGAAAAUUAUCAUGUUUUUAUACAGUAUUAUGCACUUGAAGCAUAUCAGGCAUAUUGUCAAAAUUUCAACAAAUGGUUUAUAGCUUUUGGAUAUUUUUUUAGUAAAAUGUGAACAAUUUAUUUUUAUGAAUAAUUAGGAUUUUUAAGUUGAACUGUUUUGUUUUUAAGAUUAAGAAAAUUAUAAAUAAAAAAAAAACAGUAUCUCAUUUUCUUGCAAAAACGCUGGAGUAUCAAUUAAAUUAUGUCUUUCUUUUCAAGAAAUAAUGAAUUUUAAAGCAGUGAGAAGUAAAACAAACAUUAAGAGCCAGUAUUAAUGUGCCAUAUUUUAAUCUUAAUCUUAUAAGGUCAUCAUAUUUGUCCAAUUUAUGUUAGAAGACACUCCCCCUUCAUGCCUCUAGAAGUUAUGCCCAUAGUCUUUCAAUAAGCACCUGGAAUCUAGUUUGUUCCCGAUGACCUUGUAGUAUUUAGAGGUCAUUACUGUUUAUUGGCAGAACAGGUCUGAAACUCAGUGAUGAAAGUUUAAAAUUUACUGUUUUGAGGUAACAAUGGCAGUUAUCUUUUAUCAGAUUCUGUUUUACAAAUUUUACCAAGGUGAAUAAAAAAGAUAGUUUUGUCAUUAAAUUAAUUUCGUUCAAUUAAAACUAAUUGUGAUAAUUAAACAGAGAAUGCACUGAAAUUAUAAGAAUUCAUAGAUAUAGGAAGAUGUGGUGUGAGUGCCAAUGAGACAACUCUCCAUCCAAAUAACACUUUAAAAAGUAAACCAUUAUAGGUUAAAGUACGGCCUUCAACACGGAGCCUUGGCUCACACCGAACAACAAGCUAUAAAGGGCCCCAAAAUUACUAGUGUAAAACCAUUCAAACGGAAAAACCAAUGGUCUAAUCUAUAUAAACAAAAUGUUUACAUUUCUGCAAUAUCAUUCAUUUAUCCAGAAUUACUGAUAGAUUGUGUUCAGCACACCAUGUUUUAUUUGUAUGUACCUCUUUUAUCAGAUCUAUGUUGAUUCACACGUCUCUGUUUUGUAAAUGUUACUAUUUUGUUGUUUUAUUACUGUGACAAAGCCUUUCAUGUUAUUGCGUCAGAAAUUUUAUGUGUUUUAUUAUGAUUCAGACGGGGAAAGGUUUAUUCUUAAACUUAUUGCAGAUCAUGUAGAGAGUUUGUUCAGAAACCCAAUUUAAAUUGGUUUUUAGCAAAAACAGGCUUAAGUUUUAUUGAUAAUUCUGUUAUAAGUGUUAAAGAGCAUUGCUGUAAACUCUUAAGAAUAUGUACAAAACUUUCAGGAACAAACCUUACAAACAUGGACAGUCAGUGUUUUUAUGUACCAUUUUCUUUGUUUAACAGUUUUAACAAAAUACAUAAAGUCUUCAUGAGUUUUGUCUCACUUGUCGAUUCCAAUUGGUUCUGUCUCAAAACAAAUAUCUUGCCAGAAAGUUUUAAGUAGUAUUUGCUCUUUUCCGAAAGAUGGAUCAAGAUAAAAGAGGGGGGAUAGGACCUUUAUCAGAACUCCAGGAUCGGGGGUUUUUAAGUUCGGAAUUUCAGAAUCUGGAAAUCCUUUAUUCAUUCAAUUAAGAUUUCGGGAGUCAGGAUUUACUUUAUCCCCCCUCUUACAACAGGGUUAUUAAUUAUUCCAUUGAAACAUUGAUAUAUUGAAAUAUAAAUGUUUUAAAAGAGAUUGUUUUCUGUUUACAUGGUUUAUACCAACAAAAUAAAAAUAGUAGUAUGAAACUUGUAUGUUUUCUAUUGCAGUAUUCAAGCAAAAAAACCCACAUGAAACAUUAUACAGAGUCCUAAAACAAUUGUUUCUAAUUCUCCAGAACGGAAAAAAAUGUGAAAAUUUUGCAUUAGUAAAUAUUAUUGCUCAAUGCAUUUGCAGUCCCAUUAAGUUUGAACUAUGUUUAAUGUAAAUAAGAUACACUGUAUAUUAUAAUUUAACUGUGAUAAUUAACUUUUUGACAAAAGAUAUUACAAAAAUUUGAUAAUCGGUAGUGAAAUGUCAAAUAUUUUGUAGAUAUUUAAUCAGUUUGAUUUACAAAAUGGGUUUGUAUUGAUAUUGCUCUUCAGUCUCUAGUUAUGAUACCUGUUUGAAAUGCAAUGAUUUUAUAAUCAUAAGAUAUUUUGUUUAAAGGGUAUUUUGGUCGGAUUAAAUUUUGGACCCAAAGAACCAAAAUUUUCAUUUCAAAAGUUACAAAAAAGGUUUAUAACAAGCUGAAUUGGUAGUGCCAAAAAGCUGAAAUAUAGGGAAUCAAGAAAUUUAUUUAUAAAAUAAACCACAAACAAUACAUAUUGAGGUUUAAUGUAUUUUAGUGCCAUUUUUGUUGCAUUCAUUGCAGUCAUUUAUAUAUUAGAUUAGCAGAGUUUCUAAAACCUAUAAUAGCAGUGUUUUAAUUUUCAUAUGUAAACAUAGACUUCUUGUUUAAGCUGCAUUAACAUAAAUAUUCUAUUAGAAUCCAUCUAUUUCUGCAAAAAGUUUUUAACAGAUUUAUGAACUAUAUUUUGUAAUGUAGGAGUAGACUGUUGAAGACCAUUCAUUUUGUUAUAUCUUUUUAUUCAUUGUAAUGUAUAGUUUAGAAAAAAGUUUUAUCAUUAAAAUUUACAGGGUCAAAACUUAAGCUUGUUCUUAUAUGAAAAGUUGCAAUGCUAGGCUUAUGAAUGGGGAAAAAAUAAAAAUAAAAAUGCCUUUCCAGAAUUUAUUUAGUUAUAUAAUAGCAAAGCUUGAAUUGCUAGUUUUAUUUUAUUUACUGUGUCACAUUAUAUAUAUAUAUCAUAUUAUUAUAGUACUUUAUGUUUCAAAAGAGUGAAAACUAAAAUUCUAAAAAAUUCAGCAAGAUUUUAUUAUCACACUUAUAAUUAGUAUGAGAGAUAGAUUGUAUAUCCAGAUUUUGUUUCCGUCUUUUGAUUGUAAUUUUGUUUUUAAAGUAAUUCAGUCUUGAUUUAAUAUAGACUUUGUACAAUAAUCUUGAUUUUCAAUUAUUAGUCACAUAUGUAAUAAAUCGUGCAUAUAUUUCAUACUAAAUGUUUGCUGUUAUUUAUGUUACACUAUUAUCAUUAUUUGAUAGUUUUAGUACCUCACAGAAGUAAAAUUAUUUUGAGACAUAUCUUAGCUAAUACAUGUUAAUCAAUUUUGUUAUUAAGAGAUACAACAAGGAGUAAUUGUUUAAAUAUUUAAAUUUGCAUUUUGUUGAAAAGUCAUUGUAUAUAUUCUCAUUAUAUUAGUUCAAAUCUUAAGCAAAUUUUAUUUCUAUGAUGACCAGUAAGUUUGAUUUUUCAUUAUAGUCAGGAAAGAGAAAACUACUUUUAGAGAAUAUUAAUUAGGCAUUUCUGAAUCUAAAGCUUCAUGGGUAAUAAUUUAAAAAUCUUCUUCUUAACAUUGUGAUUGGCUAACAAUGUCUGAAACAAUGGAAAUAACUAAUGCUUAUCUCUUAACCAAUGAAAUUACCCAUAGAACUUCUGGUCUGGCAGAUUUCUAUAUCAUACAUAACAAACAAGUUUGAAAUUAUUUUUUUGCUUUUGUUCAACUACACAAAUUAAUUCACCCUGAUAACAUAAUAUAAUGCUAUGCUACAAUUUAUAUUUUUUCUGCUGUAAUGAAUAUAAAUUGUUUUUCUGCAGUUAAAAUUAGGCAAACCAGGUCGAGCGCUUAUUUGCUACAGGUGAACAUGUGAAAAUAUAAGCUUUUGUUGGUGAUUUAUUCUCCUUUUAAUAUAAAUUCUUUGAACAAAAGUAUAUUUCGGAGCAAAAGAAAAGAACAGCUUAAUGUAGUGUGGUAAUGCCAAUACAUGUAUUAGCUUUUAUAAGACAUGUAAUAGCUUCUAUAAAACAUGUAAUAAGGACAUAGAAAUGACACAACUUUAACUCUACUUCUAAAUACAAGUUUAAAUCAUUAUUGUACUGUGGUGUCAUACAAAACAACUCUUGAAGUAGAUUUAACAAAAUCAUUGAUAUUAGAAUAUUUAAAAUGUAUGUUUCUGGUUAUUUGAAGAUUUUACAACUAUGUAUGGAAUGUUAACAUUCCUUUCAAAUUGAAUAAAGCGUUGAGACAUUUA